AUGGCAAGGUCAAAAAAGAGCUAGCAGCGGACACCCAUUUCUCCACCAGAAUGUAGCAACUGAGCCAAGAGGACAUUGCAUAGGAAGCCUGUUUUUUUGCUGCUCCAUCUUGCCCUCUUCAGUGGCUGAUUGCGGCAUGCAGAUCAGCUUAGAUCCCAGAAGACUCAUGCAAGAGUUUGCAGUUGUGGAUGAACUCCCUUGGAUGGUAUCUUUGCAGGAUGUCUAUGGCAACCACUUGGCUUUGGGCUGCAUCCUGGAUAAACACUGGAUAGUAAGUGCAGCCUCUACUUUCCUGAACAGGACCCAGGUGUUGGCCCUGGUUGGUAUCACAGGCCCGAAACACAGAAGUUUCUUGAUCCCCAUCAGUGCCAUCAUCCCACAUGAAGCCUUUGAUGAACUCACUCUUCACCAUGACAUUGCCCUCCUGAAGAUAGGCGCCCGGCUCUAUUUCAGCAAGGCCCUGCAGCCCAUCUGCUUCCCACCUGAAAACUUCCCUGUGACAGCUCUGAGGAACUGCUUGAUUGCAGGCUGGCUGCAUCCUCACACAGUCCAGACAGGGAGCGUCUCUCUACGGAAGCUCUCGGUGGUGGAUGUUGACCCCUGUCCCCUGCACAGAAUCAUGACGACAGAGUGCUGCAGCCACAGGAAAGCUGACAAUGUGUCUGGAUGCCUGGGAUACCCAGGCAACCCGGUCAUGUGCCAGGCAGAUGGAACAAGGCAGUGGGUGCUGAAGGGAGUGAUGACCAAGGGCGGUAUGAGAUGCUAUGGGCCGUUUCUCUACACCAGAGUGUCUUCCUAUGGCGACUGGAUCGUGACCACCACAGCAAAGUGGGGAGCUCCGGCCUCUCCCAUCCCUGGCUCAAGGCACAGCCCCUUCAGACCUCCCAUGGAGGAGGACAAAGGGAUAUUUGAACCCAUUGGGGAGGAGAGAGCCAUUGACUUCUCAGACUACACCAGCCCUAAUCAUACAGAGUAUCUCACAGAAGACAGCCAGGAGCUCCCAGAAGGGCCAGCUGAGUCACGGGCCAAGCAGUCUGAUCCCAUCUAUUAUGACUACUACAGUGGGGAGCUUCUUCCUGUUUCUACAGCCAAGUUAGGCCAGCCUGAAAGCCUCCUCUCUGCAAGCCUCAUGCCCUGUAUUCUGACAUGCUGGGUGGUGGCAGGUUAA